AUGCCCGACGUCGAGGACGCCGGGAGCCCCAUCCACGAGAUCAAGCGCAAGGACCACCACUGUAUAUGGAUUAAUAACUGUGUUGGGCAUGAGAACUACAAGAUAUUCCUAGUUUUUGUUCUGUAUGCUGUAAUUGCAAGCUUCUAUUCUAUGGUUCUCAUUAUAGGUGGUGCUGUGCAUUUACCCAAAGAUGAACAACCAGGCAGUGAUUCUUCUAGAACAUCUAUUAUUGUCUGUGGGGUUCUUCUGUGCCCUUUAGCGUUGGCACUGAUGGUUCUAUUGGGUUGGCAUGUUUGCCUCAUCUUACAUAAUAAGACUACUAUUGAGCUGACUCAAGGAUACUUUGUUGCAUUUCCAGAGUUCAUUUGGCGCUGUAUACUGAGAAAGCAGCUUCAAAAAGCACUUGCUGUUAUCCUUGGCUGUAUGUCAGCUGCUAUACUGUUGGCUGAAGCUACUUUACUUCCAAGUGGUGUUGAUCUAUCUCUCUUUUCUAUUCUUAUAAAAGCUGUAGGAAAGCAAGAGGUUUUAGUUCAGGCUAGACGUCUAAAGGUGGGAGACAAGCCACUCCUCACAGUAUCAAUAUUUAUGCAGAGAGCUCAUGUAAACUUCUACAUAACUGGACAAUGA